AUGAUUUAAUAGCAAUAAGAAAUCGUAAUGGAACCACCUCUCUAUUUUGCUAAAGAUCAUUUAUUUGAUCUCAACUUCCAUCCUUUUUAAGAUGUUGUAUGUUGUGCACAGGUGACAGGAGUUGUGAACAUAUUGAAAUAUUCAUCUGAUGAUGUUGUUGAAAUAGCAGCCUUUACACACCAUUAAUAAUCUGCAAGAAUCAGUUAGUUCUUUAGAGAUGGUCAACACCUAGUCACAGCCAGCAAAGAUUGCUCAUUUGCUAUUUUGGACAACAAUGGUAAGAUGGUACUCCAUCAACUCAAGGCUCAUAAACAUGCCAUAAAUGCCCUCAAAUAAUUGAAUGAUAGUAUUAUCGCCACAGGAGAUGAUACAGGCAACAUUAAAAUAUGGGAUUUAAGACAGAAUAAGUGCAUAUUUAAAGUCAAAGAGGCAGAAGAAGCUAUUUCUGGAAUUGAAAUAGAUUCAUCUAAUAACCUAUUGCUUUCAUCUAGUUUGGAUGGUUAUUUAAGUGUUCAUGAUUUGAGAUUCUAGAGUACAAAUGAAAAAUGUUUAUAUGCAAAAAGUGAUUGUAUGGAAGAGGAAUUAACAGACAUUUGCUUGGUCAAAAAUGGUUAAUUUGUUUGUAUAUCAACAAGUGAAGGUAAUUUAUUACUAUUCAAAUGGGAUUACUUUGGGGAUUUUAAAGAUAGAAUUAUUGGUCAUCCUAAUUCAAUUGAUUCAAUUUGUAAAAUAGAUGAACAUUCUAUCAUUACAGGCGGUGAAGAUGGUCUCGUAAGAGGAGUCUCUGUAUUCCCAAAUAUGAUCACAGGAAUUUUAGGUUAACAUGAGGAUAAUUCAUAUUUCCCAAUUACUAAAAUAGUUGUUGAUAGAACUUAGAAAAUUGCUGCCUCAUUGUCACAUGACAGUUCAAUUAAAUUUUAUGAUAUUGCUGAUUUUGUCAAUAAGAGAAAAACAGCUAAAGUUCAAGUCAAUGAAACAGAAUUUGAAUAUACUAAUAAAUAAACACAGAAAGAUAUGGAUAUGGAGGGAGAUUCUGAUGAUUCAGAAGACGAUUCAGAUGAUGAUGACGAUGAUGAAGAUGAUGAUGGCAAGUAGAAAAAAUAAAAAAGUUUAAAAACUAAAAAUCUUUAAUAAUCUAUUGCUAAUCUUAAAAAGUAGAAGAUAAAAUAGUUUUUCGACAAAAUGUGA